GGCGGCGGCCGGCGGGCGUCGGCGGGGCAGUCCGGCGGGCAGCGGCCGCCGGUUCCGGCUGCGGCGCGGGCGGUUGGGAGGCCGGGCGCUCGAGCGGAGCGGCCGCACUCGUCCGGGGCCGCGGCGGCCGGGCGGGAUGCGCAGCCGCCGCCCGCCUCCUGCGAGCCUGAGCGCCGCCUGCCCGCCCCCUCCGCGCCUCCGGUCCGCCCCUCCCCCCUGUCCCCCUCUGUCCGCCGCCACGGGCCGACCCCGCCCCCGGCCCGAGCCCGGCCGCACCAUGCUCAAGUGCAUCCCGUUGUGGCGCUGCAACCGGCACGUGGAGUCGGUGGACAAGCGGCACUGCUCGCUGCAGGCCGUGCCCGAGGAGAUCUACCGCUACAGCCGCAGCCUGGAGGAGCUGCUCCUGGACGCCAACCAGCUGCGCGAGCUGCCCAAGCCCUUUUUCCGGUUGCUGAACCUGCGCAAGCUGGGCCUGAGCGACAACGAGAUUCAGCGGCUGCCUCCCGAGGUGGCCAACUUCAUGCAGCUGGUGGAGCUGGAUGUGUCCCGGAACGACAUCCCUGAGAUCCCCGAGAGCAUCAAGUUCUGCAAGGCCCUGGAAGUCGCAGACUUCAGUGGGAACCCUCUCUCCAGGCUCCCUGAUGGCUUCACACAGCUGCGCAGCCUGGCCCACCUGGCGUUGAACGACGUGUCUCUACAGGCACUGCCGGGGGACGUGGGCAACCUCGCCAACCUGGUCACCCUGGAGCUCCGGGAGAACCUGCUCAAGGCUCUUCCUGCGUCCUUGUCCUUCCUGGUCAAGCUGGAACAGCUGGAUCUUGGAGGGAAUGAUCUGGAAGUUCUGCCUGACACCCUGGGGGCUCUGCCCAACCUGCGGGAGCUGUGGCUGGACCGGAACCAGCUGUCAGCGCUGCCCCCGGAGCUGGGGAACCUGCGGCGCCUCGUGUGCCUGGACGUAUCAGAGAACCGGCUGGAGGAGCUGCCCACGGAGCUGGGCGGGCUGGUGCUGCUCACAGACCUGCUGCUGUCUCAGAACUCGCUGCAGCGGCUGCCAGAGGGCAUCGGCCAGCUGAAGCAGCUCUCCAUCCUGAAGGUGGACCAGAACGGCCUGCGGGAGGUGACCGAGGCCAUCGGGGACUGUGAGAACCUGUCGGAGCUGAUCCUGACCGAGAAUGUGCUGACGGCCCUGCCGCGCUCUCUCGGGAAGCUGACCAAGCUGACCAACCUCAACGUGGACCGCAACCGCCUCGAGGUGCUGCCCCCCGAGAUCGGCAGCUGCUCGGCGCUCAGUGUGCUCUCCCUGAGAGACAACCGCCUGGCCGCCCUGCCGCCCGAGCUCGCCCACACGGCCGAGCUGCACGUGCUGGACGUGGCCGGGAACCGGCUGCGGAGUCUGCCGUUCGCGCUCACUCACCUCAACCUCAAGGCCCUGUGGCUGGCGGAGAACCAGGCCCAGCCCAUGCUGCGCUUCCAGACGGAGGAAGACGCCCAGACGGGCGAGAAGGUGCUCACGUGCUACCUGCUGCCCCAGCAGCCCCCGCCCAGCCUCGAGGACCUGGACCCACCGAGCAGCCCCUCAGAGAGCUGGGGCGACGCCCCCCCGAGCCGCGUCAGCGUCAUCCAGUUCCUGGAGGCCCCCGUGGGUGACGAGGACGCUGCCGAGGCCGCUGCUGAGAAGCGGGGCCUGCAGCGCCGGGCCACGCCCCACCCCAGCGAGCUCAAGGUGAUGCGCAGAGGCAUGGAGGAGCGCUGGGGCGAGGCCGCCGCCUCCCGGCCGGGCCCUGAAUCCCCCUCACCUGCCGAGGAGGAGGAGAGGCGAAGCACUGGCUCCGGGCUGAGCGAGGACUCGCGGCCAUCGGCUAGCACGGCCUCCGAGGCAGAGCCCGAGGGCCCCCCGGCCAGGGCGGAGGAGCUGGGCCAGCAGGAAGACACCCCAGCCGGCCCUGAGGAGGAUCUGGAGGAAGACUACGGGGAGCCCACAGUCCACUUUGCGGAGGACACGCUGCUGCCGAGGGAGGAGGGUGAGGACGAGGAGCAGCUCGAGGCGCCCUGGCCGCUGCCGGGCGGGAGGCAGCGGCUCAUCCGCAAGGACACACCUCACUACAAGAAGCACUUCAAGGUGUCCAAGCUGCCCCAGCCCGAGGCAGUCGUGGCCUUGCUGCAGGGGCGGCCGCCCGACGCGGGGGGCUCAGCGGGCCCCGGGGGCUGGCACAAUGGCCCCCACUCGCCCUGGACCAUGCGAGACGGGGAGCCGGAGGCCGAGGAGGAGGAAGAGGAGGCCGAGGAAGAAGAUGAGGAGGACAAGGGCGAUGCCACGACCUCCGUGCCCUCUGUGAAGGGGGUGUCGUUCGACCAGGCCAAUAACCUGCUGAUCGAGCCCGCGCGCGUGGAGGAGGAGGAGCUCACACUCACCAUCGUGCGGCAGACGGGGGGCCUGGGCAUCAGCAUCGCGGGCGGCAGGGGCUCCACCCCCUACAAGGGGGAUGAUGAGGGAGUCUUCAUCUCGCGGGUGUCCGAGGAGGGCCCUGCGGCCCGUGCCGGCGUCCGGGUGGGCGACAAGCUCCUCGAGGUGAACGGCGUGGCCCUGCAGAGCGCCGAGCACCACGAGGCCGUGGAGGCGCUGCGCGGGGCGGGUGCCACCGUGCGCAUGCGGGUGUGGCGGGAGCGCAUGGUGGAACCCGAGAACGCCGUGACCGUCACAGCCCUGCGGCCAGAGGACGACUCCAGCCCCCGGGAGCGGUGUGCGGGCGGCCUGCGCCUGGCCCUGCUCCCACCCGAGGCCCCCGGGCCCGCACCCCCGCGCCAGCGCCACGCUGCCUGCCUGGUGCGCAGCGAGAGGGGCCUGGGCUUCAGCAUCGCCGGGGGCAAGGGCUCCACACCGUACCGGGCGGGCGAUGGGAGCAUCUUCAUCUCCCGGAUCGCCGAGGGGGGCGCCGCGCACCGGGCGGGCACCCUGCAGGUUGGCGACCGCGUCGUCUCGAUCAACGGGGUGGACGUGACGGAGGCGCGGCAUGACCACGCUGUCUCCCUGCUGACCGCUGCCUCCCCCACCAUCGCCCUGCUGCUGGAGCGUGAGGCCGGGGGUCCCCUCGCCCCCAGCCCCCCUCUGCCUUCUCCUUCACCCCUGCCUGCCACGGCUGCUGCUGUGCCCAUGGCCCCCAGCCUGCUGGCCGCUGCCCCGGAGGAGCCGUACCCAGUGGAGGAAAUCCGGCUGCCCCGGGCGGGGGGCCCGCUGGGGCUCAGCAUCGUUGGGGGCUCUGACCACUCGAGCCACCCGUUUGGUGUCCAGGAGCCCGGCGUGUUCAUCUCCAAGGUGCUCCCGCGGGGCCUGGCUGCUCGCAGUGGCUUGCGGGUUGGGGACCGGCUGCUGGCCGUGAACGGGCAGGACGUGCGGGAGGCCACGCACCAGGAGGCGGUCGGCGCCCUGCUGCGGCCCUGCCUGGAGCUGAGCCUGCUCGUGCGCAGGGACCCGCCACCCCCAGGCAUGAGGGAGCUGUGCAUCCAGAAGGCCCCAGGGGAGAAGCUGGGCAUCAGCAUCCGCGGGGGAGCCAGGGGCCACGCAGGGAACCCCUGCGACCCCACGGACGAGGGCAUUUUCAUCUCCAAGGUGAGCCCCACGGGGGCGGCCGGACGGGACGGCCGUCUGCGCGUGGGGCUGCGGCUGCUGGAGGUGAACCAGCAGAGCCUGCUGGGCCUGACGCACGGGGAGGCCGUGCAGCUGCUGCGGGCCGUGGGCGACACACUCACCGUGCUCGUCUGCGACGGCUUCGACGCCAGCUCCCCCGCCCUGGAGGUGUCGCCGGGCGUCAUUGCCAACCCCUUCGCAGCGGGCGUUGGCCGCCGGAGCAGCCUGGAAAGCGUCUCCUCCAUCGACCGGGAGCUGGGCCCUGAGGGCCCCGGGCCGGGCAGCGUGUGGCCAGCGGCUCCUGACCGCCUGCUCUACUCGCAGGAGAAGGAGCCGGACGGACGGACCCCGCCGUGGGGGCUGGAGCCCAGGGAGGCCGCGACAAAACCCGGGGCGAUCCAGCCGUUGGCUCAAGCCUGGCCUUGGGGAUCCCCAGCCCCCAGAGGCAGAGGCAGCCCCGUUCCUCCCCCCUCCCCGCCCUCCCCUGACGAGCUGCCCACCGAUGUGAAGCAGGCCUACCGCACCUUCGCCGCCGUGCCCACUCCCCACCCACCCGAGGACUCCCCGGCCCAGCUCCCCAGUGCCGCAGCGCCCCCUGAGCAGCUGUCCUUCCGCGAGCGGCAGAAGUACUUCGAGCUGGAGGUGCGGGUGCCCCCCACGGAGGGGCCGCCCAAGCGCGUGUCGCUGGUGGGCGCUGACGACCUGCGGAAGAUGCAGGAGGAGGAAGCCCGCAAGCUACAGCAGAAGAGGGCGCAGAGGCAGCGGGAGGAGCGGCCCGACGCCGGCCCGGAGACCCCAGUCGAGCAGGACGACGAAGAGGCGCCCUGGGCCAGCCCGGGCCCUACCGGCGGGCCCAGCCCCGCGUCCCCCACGGCCCUGGGAGGCGGCGCCCCGGUGCGGACGGCCAAGGCGGAGCGGCGCCACCAGGAGCGGCUGCGCGUGCAGAGCCCGGAGCCGCCGGGUCCCGCGCGCGCCCUGUCCCCUGCCGAGCGCCGUGCGCUGGAGGCCGAGAAGCGCGCGCUGUGGAGGGCGGCCAGGAUGAAGUCCCUGGAGCAGGACGCUCUCCGCGCGCAGAUGGUCCUCAGCAAGUCCCAGGAGGGCCGGGCCAAGCGGGGGCCCCUGGAGCGGCUGGCCGAGGCCCCCUCGCCGGCGCCCACCCCAUCACCCACGCCUUUGGAAGACCUCGGCCUGCAGCCCCGCGCCUCCCCUGGACGCCUGCCCUGGUCUGGAAAGAAGUUUGACUACAGGGUGUUUGCCGCCCUCCCUUCUUCCAGACCUGUGUGUGACCUCCAGUCCCCCGACUUCGCUGGAGAGCUGAGGUCCUUGGAAGAGGCCCCGAGCCCCGGCCCGCAGGAGGAGGACGGAGAGGUGGCCCUGGUGCUCCUGGGCCGGCCGUCGCCGGGCACCGAGGAGGUGACCCUGUGCAGCAGCCGCCGCCCCGUGCGGCCGGGACGCCGCGGCCUGGGCCCCGUGCCCUCCUAGGGGGCUUCCCCGACUUGGGGUGGGGGCCCUGCCAGCGCCCCCCACGCCCUCACCCCGAGUCUUUUAACUGGGUGUUAGGAUUUUACAGAGACCCCUCAGGAGCCCCGCUCCUCUUAGCUGCCCCAGCCGGGCU